UGAAAAGGACCCUCCAUCACUGAGACUGCUGUUCAGCAGACGUGGACAUGCAGACACUUUAACAACGAUCUUAUCCAGCACUGUAUUUUUUUCUUUAUGCCUACAGUUUGGCCAAAAAAUUACCAUCAGGUAUUUACACACAUAGAGAUAACAAGCUGAAAAAUAAUGAUUUGCUGACAAGUUUUCAGUGGUAGAAUAUAUUACUAGUUAGAUAAGGGAUGGCAACAGAACCUGUUAUGGCAAUGGACACUUACAAGCUGAUGUAACGAAGAUAAUGUAUGGCCACAUAAAAUUAAGAAACUGAAUACAUGUAUUACACUGGAAAAUACGUUAUUUGCUAUAUAAAAUGAAUAAAUCUGAAGUACUACAGGCACAACUCUCAGUUCGAAGUUAAGAAGAGAUCUCUCACUUUCAAGGUAACAAGGAAACAUUUCUGGUAUGUGCUGUACAUUUAACAUGUUUGCUAAACGCAGCAGUAAAACCCCUUCUAAAGAGGAAGUUCUAAAUCUCGUGAUUCAGAGUGUUCUGCAACUCCAAAUAUUUCCUAAGUUCCUCUUCCUUUGAGCAGAAUACUUUCCAGAACGAUACAAGAAAUGGCACCUGUCAACAAAUCGAACAAAGCGCUAGUGCUGGCACUUGACUGGAUUCUGUACAGUGUUGGUGCUACAGGUAGCUGCCAUGUCACUGUAACACAGCCCAGGUUUCAGGAAGCUGAACACUCUGCUCACACUGCGCUCCUACCCUGUGCUUUCUCAGCCCAUGGAUGCUUCCCAGCUCAGCCUCAAGUCCUGUGGUUUCGCUUUUUUACUGACAGACACGAGGAUCUGUGUACUCCUGACUGCACGAAUCGGCAGAAGUUCCAAGUACAUUCAUCAUCAGAAAAUAACCAUUCCCUUCAAAUCAACAACCUGACCGUAAACGACAGUGCUCUUUAUUUCUGUGGGAUAGCAUUUGCAAAUUCAGGCUCACCCCAUUCCAAGCAAACAGGAGAUGGAACAGUACUGACAAAAAGAGAGAGGCACGACACUGAAGAAUUCAACUCCAUGAUCAUCAUCUCAACGUUACUGCUUCUAUACAGCAUUACAGUAUUCACAAUCCUCAUAGGCCACAAGUUAAAACAAAAGCUGCUAAAUAGAAGUGGGAAUGAAGGGCAGAGAACAGAGAACUGUAAAAUCAGUAGCGGACGAAAAAUUUUUCGAGCAAUAGCCCAAGAACUUCAAAAGCAGCAGCACGCUCAGCACUGCCACCAGCCCGAUCAUUUGGAGGAUGACACAAUUUAUCAGAACAGAUGAGGAUGUGCUGCAUCUCCAAUUUGUUCAAUAUGUUUGAUGCAACCAAAGGAGCUGAUGAAGAAUUUAAGCUUUUUCACAGACUUAUUUUCCUUUAAAAACGAAGAAGAAAACUGAACAGGGCAGUUCUUCAGGAGUGUUUUCUGAACAGAUCAUCAAAACCAGCGUUACGUCUGUUACACAUCACUGCCAGUGCCACAAGAACAGUGGGAGAAGACUUCAUCUUUUAGAAGAGAACUGCUAAUGCUUCACUAAAACUUCCCCUUUCAAUUUAUGUGUAAUUUUAUGUAUUUUAACAUGAAUUUCAAUGCAUUUCUUUUAUGUGAACUGUGCAUUUUUGUGAGAUGUACGUUAAUCAACUGCAACAAAAUAAACUCAUUACGCAGUGACA